AUGGCACCCACCGCGAAGAAAGUGAAGGAGCCAACCCGUCCUAAAUCGUCUCGCCAAGCGGACACCGCAGCCAAGACCAAGGCUGCGGCUGAGGCGAAGCAGGUCAAGGAGAAGGAGACGAAGAAGGUCGCCGCGGCCAAGAAGAAGGCGAGCAAGGCGGAGAAAGUCGCCGAGGAGAAGGAGAGCAGGUCGUCCAAGGCGGCCAAGGAGAGCAAGACUACGAAUGAGAAGUUGACCAAGGCUACUAAGGAGACCAAGGAGAAGAUUAGCCGCUCCAAAACGGACGACAGCAAGUCUGAGCCAAAGAGAAAGGCGAAGACCACCAAGGCGCCGAAGGAGAAGACCACCAAGGAGAAAAGCGCGAUCAAGACCGCAGCCAAGGCCACCAAGCCUGCCGGCGCCAAGGCUGCGGGCGUGGACUUUAUCGCGACCGCACAGGCGAUCCAGAUCGCGGUCGAGGACAUCGAGUUCGCAGCGGAGCCGAAGACGUUCAACACGCGCUCGCACGGGUGGUCGGGCAGCAAGAACGCCAAGAUCAACGGAAAGGACGUUAUGAUCACCAUCAACGUUGUCGUUAAGGGGAGCAAGAAGGCGGCGGAUGAGGAGGCCGCUGACAUGAUGGAGGAUGAUAGGGACGCCGUUGCCGAGGGUCCCGCGGCCGCUGAGGACAGCGACAUUGGUGACAUUGACGAGGCCGACGACGAUGGCGAUGAGGUUGGUGACGACGUCGCGGAGGACGGCGAGUUCACCGUUGGCGUCCUUGAUGUUGUCGAGGACGACGACGAGCACGAGCACGAGCACGCCGAAAUGGUCGCCGAGCUCCCCAUCGCCGACAUGACGGAUUCGUCAGAUGAGGAUGGGCCAAAGCUGGUGCCAGAGCCGGUGUACGAGGAUUCUGACGAGAUUGACCCAGAGACUGUCGCUGUCGCUGAGGCCGCCCCGUCUCCUUCUAGCGCUGGUUCGCCUGCCCCCACUCCAGUGCCAGAGGUCAAGGCGGUGCGCAAGGCCAAGCGUUCCGCGAGCGAGAUGACGAAGACGUCCAAGAAGGGCGCCACGCGCAAGACGAGCAGCCGCUCGACGAAGAAGCGUCGUUCCCUUAGCGCCGAGUAG